GACAUUUAAGGAUGCCCUUACGACCUAAGGAUUCCUCCCCCCUCCCCCCACGCAUUUCUUCCCACACCAUCGCCCGCAGUUGCCUGCUCCAAAUCCGCCGUCGUCGCUCUUCUUCCUCCGAUCUCCGAUCCGGUUGUCUUCUACUAAGAUCCAGCCUUUCUCCUUCUUGGCCGUUGCGAACAUCAUCUCCUGCCCUCUUUGACUAUCGGCCGCUGCGCAGAAGAUCUGUGAGCAGCACGCCGACGACUCCUAGCCUGCCGCACACCGCCAUUUCAAGCAUUAAGCCUGCUCUGUGGAAGGAAGCAGACAUCAGUGAAGCAUAUAUUUCUGCUGAAAAUGGCGACUUUUGCUAAGCCUGAGAACGCUCUGAAACGUGCAGAAGAGUUGGUUAAUGUUGGACAAAAGCAAGCUGCCCUGCAAGCCCUGCAUGAUCUAAUCACUUCAAAAAGGUACAGAGCAUGGCAGAAGACUCUAGAGAAAAUCAUGUUCAAAUAUGUAGAACUCUGUGUAGACAUGAGGAAAGGUCGAUUUGCCAAGGAUGGCUUGAUUCAGUAUCGGAUCAUAUGUCAACAAGUAAAUGUAAGCUCUCUAGAGGAAGUGAUAAAACACUUCAUGCAGCUUUCAACUGAGAGAGCUGAGAAGGCUAGAACUCAGGUGCAAGCUUUGGAAGAUGCGCUUGACGUGGAGGAUCUUGAAGCUGAUAAGAGACCUGAGGAUUUAAUGCUAAGCUAUGUUAGUGGGGAGAAGGGCAAAGAUAGAUCAGACAGGGAACUUGUUACUCCAUGGUUCAAAUUCUUGUGGGAGACCUACAGGACAGUGCUUGAGAUUCUGCGGAACAAUUCAAAAUUGGAAUCACUAUAUGCGAUGACAGCACAUCGGGCCUUCCAAUUUUGCAAACAAUAUAAGAGGACUACAGAGUUUCGCAGGCUCUGUGAGAUUAUAAGAAAUCAUCUUGCUAAUUUAAACAAGUAUAGGGACCAAAGAGACAGGCCUGAUCUGACAGUUCCAGAGAGUUUGCAGCUUUACUUGGAUGUCAGAAUUGAGCAGCUCAAGAUAGCAACUGAUCUUGAACUGUGGCAGGAAGCGUUCCGCUCAGUUGAGGAUAUCCAUGGUUUGAUGAGUAUGGUGAAGAAGAGUCCCAAGCCAUCACUAAUGGUGGUAUAUUAUGCUAAGUUGACAGAUAUAUUUUGGGUCUCAGAUAGCCAUUUAUACCAUGCAUAUGCAUGGUUGAAGCUUUUCACAUUGCAGAAAAGCUACAAUAAGAAUUUAUCACAAAAGGACUUGCAGUUGAUAGCAUCAUCUGUUUUAUUAGCUGCUCUUUCAGUGAUCCCUUAUGACCAGAAGCAUGGUGCAUCUCAUUUGGAGCUUGAAAAUGAAAAAGAACGGAAUCUACGAAUGACUAGCCUUAUCAAUUUCUCUCUUGAUCCUAAAGGGGAGAGUAGAGGAGUUCUUUCACGUGCAUCAUUGCUUGCAGAAUUGACCAACAAAGGUGUAAUGACUUGUGUCUCUCAAGAAGUGAAGGAUAUCUACAAUCUCCUAGAAAAUGAGUUCCUUCCUCUAGACCUCGCAAUGAGAGUCCAGCCUUUGCUUGCUAAAAUUUCAAAACUUGGUGGUAAGCUAUCAUCAGCCUCAUCAGUUCCAGAAGUGCAAUUUUUGAAAUACAAUCCUGCUCUUGAAAAGCUGACCACUUUAAGAGUUCUUCAGCAGGUUUCCCAGGUCUAUCAGUCCAUAAAGAUUGAGUCUUUGUUGAAGAUGAUACCAUUUUUUGACUUCUCAGUUGUGGAGAGGAUUUCUGUAGAUGCAGUCAAGUACAACUUUCUAGCAAUGAAAGUUGAUCACCUGAAGGGCACUGUUCUAUUUGGUAAUGUGGACAUUGAAUCAGAAAAGCUCUCUGAUCAUCUUGCUAUUCUCGCUGAUUCUCUUAAUAAAGUGAGGAACUUAAUUUCUCCACCUUUAAGGAAAGAGUCCAAACUGGGUGUGAGUUAUGAUCUGGCAGAAAUAGUUGACAAGGAACAUAAGAGGCUUCUUGCUAGGAAGUUCAUCAUUGAGAAGCGCAAAGAAGAACAUGAACGUCAGAUGCUGGAAAUGGAGCGAGAAGAAGAAUCUAAAAGACUAAAACUUCAGAAGGUAACUGAGGAGGCUGAACAGAAGCGGUUGGCUGAAGAAUAUAUUCGAAGAGAGGAGCAGCGAAUUCACCGCGAAAUAGAGGAGAGGGAACUUCAGGAAGCCCAAGCAUUGCUUCUUGAAACACAAAAGGGUGCCAAAAAGAAGGGAAAGAAACCUCUCCUUGAGGGGGAGAAGGUCACUAAGCAGACGUUGAUUGAGAUGGCUUUAAACGAACAGUUGAAAGAAAGGCAAGAGUUGGAGAAGAAGCUGCAAAAACUUGCCAAAACAAUGGAUUAUAUGGAACGGGCAAAGAGAGAGGAAGAGGCCCAACUCAUUGAACAAGCCUUUCAGCAGCGCUUGGUGGAAGAGAAAAUUCUCCACGAACGCGAACAACUGAAAGAGAUAGAGCUAAGCAGGCAGCACCAUGCUGGUGAUCUCCAAGAGAAGAAUAGACUUGCACGAAUGUUGGGGCAGAAGGAAAUAUUUCAGCAAAAAAUAGUUAUCCGACGUGAAGCAGAGUAUAACCAGCUGAAGAAAGAGCGUGAAGAUAAAAUUAACCAAAUUGUCACAAUGCGGAAGCGUGAACGUGAGAUCAAGAGGAAGCUUCUCUAUUAUCUGAAGUCUGAGGAAGAGCGGUUGACCAGGCAACAAGAAGAGGAGGAAGCUAGAAAGCGUGAAGAGGAAGAGAGACGAAAGAUAGAGGAUGCAGAACGGAAAGCAAAGCUGGAUGCAAUAGCCGAGAGACAAAGACAACGGGAGAGGGAGUUGGAAGAGAAGGAACAGCUGCGAAGAGAAGCACUUAGAAAACCCACUGAACCUCUGCCACAACCAACUGGCCUUGCUUCAGCACCUCCCGAACCUAUUACUGCAGCAGCAGCUUCCCCUGCAUCAGCAGCACCAGCUGCUGGAAAGUAUGUGCCAAGAUUCAUCCGUGACAGAAGUGAGGGUCAAAGGGCAGCAGCUGCCCCUUCUGAGCCUGAUCGGUGGGGAAGGAAGGAUGAACGUCCUCCCCCACCUGGUAGUGGUGAUAGGUGGACAAGUGAGAACCGCCGACCAUCCUUUGGUGGUCCAAGGGCGUCAUCUUCAUCUUCCUGGUCAAGGACACGGAAUUAGUGCAGAGUGUUCUCGUUGGCCUAUAAAUGUCCUGUUUUUCCACAGUGGCGCAGUGGUUAAGUGAAAAUUUGCUCAAGAGUAUGGUUGAGUGGAGAGGAUUAUUCUGUUUUGAUCGACCUUCAGUCUGUAUUUGAACAUUUUAGCUCAGAUGAUGUUUUGUACUUGUUUGAUGUUGGUUAAAUGCUAUUGCAUAUAUGACAGUACACUUAAUCUAUCCAUUGCAUUGUAUUUUUUCA